AUGGACGAUAUGAGGGAUCUGAUAGACGAGUACUUUUCAUUUGAAGCCCGUCAACAUGCUUCUGAGCCCACAGAUGAGAACAAAGAGCAGAGAAGGGAAGACCAGCCUGUACUCAAGGAUGGAAAGUCCGCACAAUCUCAGAUUGCCGAGGAGGAAGACGAUGAGCAAGUCCCUGCAGUCAAGCACAAGAACUCCAACAAUCACGUUCGGGCCGUGGAGGGCGGCCUUGUCAUUGGAAAAGAGGAUUCUCCUCUACUGGAACAUGGAAACAGCCAAGAAUCGGAUCAACAUCUGUCUCUGGAAGCCGAGGCUGAGCUUCUUCCAGAUUUUGUCUACAUGCCAUUCGAGGGAGCCGUGGAAGACGAGCAUCUCGAUGGAUGGGAAGAUCGGUGGCUAAGUGAGGGCUUCUACGACCUUGAAUCUUACGGGACGCUCUCCGAGCCAAGUAUCGACUUCCUGUACCUCUGGGUCAACGGAUCGGAGGACGCGUUCCGUGAAGUGAAGCUUCCGUGGGAGCAAAGAUCUGUGCUCAACGAUGCGGAUGGAAAAUGGAUCGCUUCACACAGUACGAAUCGGUAUAGGGAUUGGAACGAACUCCGUUACAGCCUUCGCAGUGUGCACAGAAACGCGGGUCAUUUUCGAAACAACAUCCAAGUGCUCGUCAAUUCACUGAAUCAGCAACUUGGCGAAGGCUCGGUGUUGCAUCGUCAGUCUCCAAAGUGGCUGAAGACACCUGAAGACCACAACAUUCAAGUUCUGGCGCAGGAAGACUUCUUCGACAAGAAGACCGCCGCCUGUCUCCCAACCUUCAACUCGCUCACUAUCGAGAAUCAGCUGUUCAAUGUACCCUCAGACGCUGAUCAACUAUUCGCAUUGUCGGAUGAUAUGUUGUUAGGAGCCAGACAUGCUCCUUCGGACAUCUAUUCACCGCUCUUCGGGCCUGUCAUGGGAUUCAAGAACAACGGCUAUAGCACCACUUCUCCGCCAACGCAACAAGAUGCACAGCGCUUUGGUGAGAAGCCAUACUUGAUCUAUACUUCAUGGCUGCUCAAUAGACGUUUUGGCAUCCGCAAGAGAAAGGGACAGAGUCAUUUCGGUCACUCGAUCUCGCGGAAGGUGAUGCGUGAGGCUCUCACAUCCUUCCCUCGUCCUGAAUUCCGCAGCGCAUGCAAGCGUUUCAGAGGUGAAGGCUUUCAGAUAUACUCCUGGUACGUCACCUUUCACUAUCUGAUCGAGCGCCAUCGAGAGGUCUUGUUGUGGAGUUACCUGGUCCUUCGCAGUGACCUGGACGGAGAUGGGGUGCUAUCUUGGCCGGAGCGACAGGCAAUGCUUGAUGACCUUGCUCGUGGCACCGAGAACUUGGCAAAGGCCUCCUACAGACGUCGGACCUUCUACCAUGUACCGGCAAUGCUCGAAAGAGCAGGACUUGCGCCACCACAAGUCAAUACGAACUUACUGUGGACGUCUCUCGACGGGCCGGUUGCCAUUCGUGAUGCAAAUUGCGAGGACUUCGAUGUGGAUGACUGCUUGGCACCGGGGUUUGGCCUCAACAGGUCGUCUUCAGUGAGCAACCCAUUGUUCAGCUCAGCGGUUAUCUUUGACCGCGUGGCACGACAGAAUCCUCACUGUGGCGACUGUCUGCUCAAGAUUGUCCUGCACCAGACCAGACAAGGGCUCGCACCUUUGCUACCGGUUGCUGGGAGCAAGAGUCGCGAUACUGUUGUUAAGGCACUUAUGAAGUACAAGUACACCAUCAUGGACCCGACAAAUUCGUUGUUCGUUAUGGUCACGGAUGCAGAUCAAGUCGACAGCACGCUGGUCGAAAAAUAUAUUCGUCAGGGCAAGGAGUUGCCAGGCCAGCUGUGUCUGAAUGACGACGUUUCUACGACAGAUCUUGACGAGCUCGAAGACACGCGCGAGGCUAUCACGGAGCUGUUGCAGGGAAUUUUUCCUGAGAAAGCUGCUUGGGAAUGGUAA